GACACACACAGGCAAGGAUCCGGUCUGCGGCUGCGCAGUGCGAAGACAGGCGGGCACGACCAGCAUGUUAGGACCGUCACUCCUUCAUGUUUAACGGUGUUUUUGCGUUUUGAACAACAUUCACACACAAGCCGCCAUGUUGCUACGUACGGCGUGCAUGGGUCUGCAGUCCGCGGGUUCCUUCCCCGCACGCACACUGAAGAACGUCACUUGUACGUUAACCAGGACGUGCAGUGGCUGCGGUGUCAGCAAGACGUCAGCUGACCUCGGAGGACGACGACCGGAAGACCCGCCGAGGCGCCACCACCGCGACACGGUACACUUGCGGCGUUUCGAGCCCGCACGUCAGCCGAGCGGAGGCCGGGCUUCGAGUGUGUUGAGGCGAGCGGACGCCGUGGCUUUGCUAGCAGGUAACAUCCGGCUCUUAUCCGCCAUGCCGUCGAGUCACGCUUCGUCCGCGGCCACAGCCUCCAAGAGGAGCGGCGACGACAACAACAUUGUGGAGGCCAGUGAGGACACUGCCAACCUGCGGAGUCCUUCUGAAAGCUCGGACCAACGUAGUACAAGGAAGCAGCUGCCGACUAGACUAGUUUGUGACGGAAAAACUCUAAAGGACCCCUCAACCCCAGGAAAAGCCCCCAGAGGGUCCGAGCCAGAUGGAAAUAAACCUAACAAGACCCAGCAGCUAAAAAAAGUUUUUAAGGAAUACGGAGCUGUAGGGGUUUCCUUUCACAUCGGGAUCUCCCUCACGUCUCUGGGAAUGUUCUACCUCCUCAUAUCCAGUGGGAUUGACAUGGCCGCCGUGCUGAGCAAAGUGGGCUUCAGCCAGGCCAUCAUUCAGUCCAAGAUGGCCGCAGGGACCAGCACGUUCGUCCUAGCGUACGCCGUCCACAAACUCUUUGCUCCGGUGCGCAUCAGCAUCACUCUGAUGGCGGUGCCGCUCAUCGUGCGCUACUUCAGGAGGACGGGGCUUUUCAAACCGCCCACCUCUGCGCCUUGAAGGACCUCACUCGCUUUUGAAAGUGUGCUCAAACAUGGUGAUUGUAUGGACAUAUUACUGAAGGAUGAACAUGACAUUGGAUUUCUGUCAGAUGUACAAUCAGGGAUGUUUUAGUUUUAGCAUUGUCAACUUCCACUAUUGUUUUCUUGGCGUCUGUUCUAGUCCCUCCUUGUUUUGCAACAUCAUGUUGAAAUCUUUGAAUCCAGUGAAACUAUUUUACCAAUAAAACAUAUUUGGUACCACAACAAAUUAAUAAAAUUGUAGGGUACAACGCUAA